AUGUCAAAUAUUGCAAACGAUUUCCAAAACUUAAACAUCAACGGUGGAAGCGCCAACGGUGGUGAUGCUCCUCCUCCUCAAAGAAGAGGUUACGUUCCACCUCAUGCAAGAUCUCGUGGACCACAAGAAGGUCAAUCCAACAGCGGUUACUCUAAUGGUGGCUACAAUAACAACUACGGUGGUGGUUAUAAUAACAACAGAAGUGGGUAUUACAGCAACAACAACAGCGGCUUUGGCGGUUACAACAACCGUAGAAGUGGUGGCCGUGGCGGUUUCAACAAUCGUAAUGGCGGUGGUCGUUUCCAAAGAAAUGAUCGUGGUAAAUUUGUUGAUGGUAAACAUAUCCCAGGUGAACCAAGUGAAGCUAUGCAAAAAGAAUUAUUUGGUGAAGUUGAUGAUCCAAAGUUCCAAUCUUCAGGUAUUAAUUUCGAUAAUUAUGAUGAUAUCCCUGUUGAAGCUUCAGGUGAAGGUGUUCCAGAACCAAUUGAUACAUUUACUGCUCCACCUUUAGAAGAUUUGUUGUUAGAAAACAUUAAAUUAGCUCGUUUCAACAGACCAACUCCAGUUCAAAAAUAUUCUGUUCCAAUUGUUGCUGCUGGUCGUGAUUUAAUGGCUUGUGCCCAAACUGGUUCUGGUAAAACUGGUGGUUUCUUAUUCCCAAUUUUAUCUCAAUCUUUCCACAAUGGUCCAUCACCAGUCCCAGAACCAACUACACAAUUCUCAAGACGUAAAGCUUACCCAACUGCUUUAGUUUUAGCUCCAACCAGAGAAUUGGUCUCACAAAUUUAUGAUGAAGCCAAAAAAUUCACAUAUAGAUCAUGGGUCCGUCCUUGUGUUGUCUAUGGUGGUGCUGAUAUUAGAACUCAAUUACAAGACAUUGAACGUGGCUGUGAUUUAUUAGUUGCUACUCCAGGUCGUUUGAACGAUUUAUUAGAACGUGGUCGUAUUUCAUUAGCCAACAUUAAGUACUUGGUUUUAGAUGAAGCUGAUAGAAUGUUGGAUAUGGGUUUCGAACCUCAAAUCAGACACAUUGUUCAAGAAUGUGACAUGCCACCAGUUGAAAACCGUCAAACUCUUAUGUUUUCAGCUACUUUCCCAGCUGAUAUUCAAAUGUUGGCUCGUGAUUUCUUGAAAGAUUAUAUCUUUUUAUCUGUUGGUAAAGUUGGUUCCACUUCAGAAAAUAUCACACAAAAGGUUAUCUAUGUUGAUGAUGACGAGAAAAGAUCAGUUUUAUUAGAUAUCUUGGAAGCUGAUGAAAAUGGUUUAACUUUGAUUUUCGUUGAAACCAAAAGAAUGGCUGAUGCUUUAUCUGAUUUCUUAAUUACUCAAAACUUCCCAGCUACUUCUAUUCAUGGUGAUCGUUCUCAACAAGAACGUGAACGUGCUUUAGAAUACUUCAGAUCUGGUAAGGCUCCAAUUUUAGUUGCUACUGCUGUUGCUGCCAGAGGUUUGGAUAUUCCAAAUGUUACUCAUGUCGUCAAUUAUGAUUUACCAACUGAUAUUGAUGAUUAUGUCCAUCGUAUUGGUCGUACCGGUCGUGCUGGUAAUGUCGGUGUUGCUACUGCGUUCUUCAACAGAGGUAACAAGAAUGUUGUUAAGGAAUUGGUUGAAGUUUUAACUGAAGCUAACCAAGAAGUUCCAGCUUUCUUGAACACUAUUGCUAGAGAAGUUUCUUCAGGUGGUAGAGGAAGAGGUCGUGGUGGUCGUUCCAACAACACUAGAGAUUUCCGUCGUCAACCAGGUUACAACAACAGCUCAUCAUUUGGUGGUAAUUCAUCAUUCGGUGGCUCUGGUGGUUAUGGCAACUCAUUCAGUAGUGGUUAUGGUAACCAAAGUUCUCGUACUGGUGGUGGUGCUGCUUUCUCAUCAUACCAAUCAGGUUACGGUAACCCAUCAUCAUCAUCUUCAAAUAGUUGGUGGUGA